AUAUGGUGUAUAUUUUGCUUAAAAUUGUUCAUCAAAACUCUCUGGUUCUUCAUUUCUCUGCGGCUUCCCAAUGAGUAAAAGAGAAGAUUUUGAUGUUUGCAAGUUCAUGGAUUCAGUUUUAAUUUCUGGUGAAUUAUCUGAUGAUUCUGUGUUUUAUUCGUCAUCCGAUCUCACCGAAGAUGUUUCUUCUUCUACUUCUUCUUCUUCCUCAAAUUCUUCUUCUGAUAAUCUCUUUGAUUUGUCAUUACUCAUGGCAAAUCUUCCUAUCAAAAGAGGGCUGUCCCGAUGCUUCCAAGGAAAAUCACAGUCUUUCAGUUGUUUAUCUGAAGUGAGCUGCAUUGAAGAUCUUGCGAAAAAGGAGAAUUCUUACAGUAAGAGGAUGAAAUACUGCAAGAGAAAUGGUGAAGGAAGGCUUAUGAAUCAUAAAUUACAUUAUGCUCCAAAUAUUUGCAGCAGAAGCAUAUCAAAAAAGUCUUUGAUGUGCUCUUCUAAUUCAGUGCUGUCAAAGAACAGAAGCAGCAAUCCUUUUUGCAGCAAGAAGUGUGCCAAAAUAUCACUGAAAAAUUUCUGCAAUGAGUGAUUAAACAAAAAAAGAGGAAGCUGAAGCUGAGUUGAAGUUUAUUAUUAUUUUUUUUUUUUUGCAUGUUGAACCUUGAGAAAAUACUAGAUGAGAUUAAGGCUGUUUAUAAAGCUUGAAAAUUGCUCAAAAUAUUGCUUGAAAAUGGCUCAACCUAAAAUCAACUUGGCUCAACUU